GUUCUCAGCUGCCUCAUUUAAGAAGCUUAACUGAUUUUCAUGUUAAUGCUCCACAUUGAGCGUCGCCUUUGUGUUUAGUACAAACAACGUUGUGCAUAACUGUAACAGAUUCAUCUGUCGCAAAUUCAUCUAGCUAAAAGUAUAUAAACUAAAGUACAAUGUUCUGUCAAUCAGUUCCAACUGUCUGCUCUCAACAUGAGCUUGAAAUUUGUUGUCUGCCUUCUGCUGGGCCUCUGCUGCGGCCGAGCUGCGGCCACGGAUGACGCUGAGACGCCGGUCUACAAAUUAGAGGGCGCUAGCAUCGAGGAUCAGGAUGUGUAUGUUGCCGAAAACUAUUUCAGCGAUCCCAGCACCAUCAAGGUGGAAGGCAGCGUCGGCAGCCCGGAUGAGGAUGCCAUGGACACUGUUGGUUCGAAGCGUGAGGGAGUGCCUAACUCGUAUCCCUUUUACUGGAAUAUGCCCAACUCAUACUAUCCGACGACGGGCGUGAAGACUUCUGUGGUAACGCGGGCGGAUCCACCAGCCGAUACCGGAAAUUCCGAAAAUGGUCAUCACGGAAAUGGACACAACGGAAAUGAACAUCCUGGACAUGGACAUCAUGGACAUGGUCAUCCAGGACAUGAAAAUCCCGGACACGGACAUGAACAUCCUGGUCAUGGACAUCCCGGACAUGGACAUCCCGGACAUGGACAUCCCGGACAUGGACAUCCCGGUCAUGGAUAUCCCGGACACGAACACCCCGGACAUGAACACCCUGGACAUGGACAUCCCGGACAUGGACAUCACGGACAUGGGCAUCCCGGUUAUGAAUAUCCCGGUCAUGGAUAUCCUGGACAUGGACAUCAUCAUCCAUAUCCUUAUCCAUAUCCCACCUAUCCUGGUUACCCAUAUCCUGGAUUCCCCUAUCCCGGCUUUCCUUACCCAGGCAUCCCCUUCCCUGGUUACCCCUACCCUGGCUAUCCGUAUCCUAGCUAUCCGCAUCCAGGUUACCCAGAGCACCAUCCUCGUCCUCGGCCCAGACCAAGACCUACACCAGCACCUAGACCUGAUUCGCAAAGAACAAAGGUAUGCAAGGUGAUCAUUCCCUUUGGCAAAGUCUGCACAUAUUUAGACGAUAAUUAG